AUGACAGCGACAAAGGCCGACCCGAAAUUCAUUUAUAUUCCGGCCAAUGAUCUUGUGAUGGAUAAGUGUAUUGGCAGUGGUGGCUUUGGCGAUGUUUAUCGUGGAACUUGGGUGAGUCGUCAUUUUCAGGUGGCAAUAAAGGUGUUUCGUGUGAGCGCACUCGAAAUCGAGCAAAAAAAACAAGAAAUCAUGCGAGAACUAUUAGCAAUGCAUUGUAUUCGAUUCGAUCAUGUGUUAAAUGUGUUCGGUGCUUGUUGGGAACCCAACUUUCACGCACUUGUCGUUGAAUACAUGGCUCUUGGCUCUGUUUAUGACAUUCUUCAAAAUGAUGAUAUUCAAUUGUCCUGGUUCGAUCGAUGGUCGAUCAUCAAUCAAAUGACCAAAGGUAUUAACCAUUUGCAUCAACUCGAACCUAUUCCAAUUAUUCAUCGCGACAUUAAAUCCCUCAAUUUCUUGAUGAACUGGGGCCAACAGAACGAUAGUAAUCGAUUCAUUGUCAAAGUAGGAGAUUUCGGCCUGGCCAAGUUUCGGUCGGAGACAGCUUCUCAGUCGAUGAAUGAUAGCGUGGUUGGAACACUACCUUGGAUGGCACCAGAACUCUUCGACUCUGAAAAAAAACAUACAAAGGCGAGCGACGUGUAUGCGCUAGGCGUGUGCUUUUGGGAAGUUGCAACACGAUGUAUUCCAUACCGAGGAAUGAACUUGCCGAGCGCUUUACUGAGAGUCCAUCUUGGACAACGAUUAGAGGUACCAUCGGGUGUACCAGAAGAUUUUGAAGCCGUUAUUCAAACUUCAUGGGCUCAUGAUCCUAAAGAACGGCCCACGUGCCGCUCAUUGCUUGAAAAGAUCGAAACUGGUAUGAUGGCUGUAUCAUCUUCGAAAUUAGGGUAG